AUGUGCCAUCAAAGUUACGGCGCCUUUACUUGUGAUCCGUGUCGGGUAUUCUUCAGCAGAAAUGCCACCGAAACUCAGGCAUUGGUUUGUCGUUUUGACGAUAUUGAAUCCACUUCUUGUCGGGACUCAACUCUCAAGUCAAAGGGGGAUUUGAUGUGUUUGUAUGGAAACGAUGGCAGCGAUAACAUUGGCAUCAAACAGAUCUCAAUCGCCUUACGGGGAACCCGAUCGUUAGGCCCACGUCUGAAGUCAAUACAGGGGCCGAAGCGUUAA